AUUACUGUUAAUUUAACUUGCUGAGAAUUUCCAAAUAGCAUGAAAAUAAUCAAUGGUUCAUUCUGUGUGUAACAAUCCGCACGUUUUUUCUUCAUGAUGGCUGUCGAACGAAAACAGAUUUUGCAGAAACUAUAUACCACAGUUUACUGCCAAUGCUUUUCACCUUGUGGGAAAUAUCUUGCAGCAUGUGACAACUUUGGAAGAGUAGCACUUUUCAAUCUAUCAAAUGCUUUGGCUGCAGAUGCCACUGACUCUUCAUGGAAGCCAUGCCACAUUUUCCAAGCUCAUGAUGGUCCAAUAUAUUCAUUAGCAUCGUCAAAAGAUUUUUUAAUAAGUGCUGGUACUGGUGAUAUCAAAGGUUGGAACUGGAGUGAUGUCAUUAAUAAGAUUCCGAAGAUUGUGUGGGCCUUAUCAAUUCCAAAUACGGGUAAUUUUGACAAUCCAGAAACAAAUUCCAUAGCCCUGGACAACAAGAAUGGUCCUUCUCAUCUGUUUGCUGGAUGUGGUGACAACAAUAUACAUAUGUGGGAUCUUGAAUCAGGCCAUCUUAUGAAGAGCUUUGAGGGUCACACCGACUAUGUACACAGUGUCAUCUUACGGAACAACUGCAGAGAAUGCAUAUCUGGUUCGGAAGAUGGAACAGUCCGAGUUUGGGAUGUGCGCUCUCCCCAUGAAGCUGUCCAUAUGAUAGAACCAUACAAACAGGAGGAAUGCAGCCGUCCACAGAUGGGUAAAUGGAUAGGUUGUGUGGCAACAGAUCCUGGUGAUGACUGGUUGGUUUGCGGAGGAGGCCCGCAACUCUCUAUCUGGUUCCUGAGGUCCCUGACAUUCACAACUGUGUUCGAAACGCCCCAGACUUGCCAACAACAUGCCAUGUUUUACGACGAUGAGAUCAUAUCGGCUGGUACUAGUGGGGUUGUACAUCACUGGAACGUGAAUGGUGAGAGCAGAUCGCAUGUACCAUGUUCACCAGGGAGCGUCUUCAACGUCAACAUCAAUACAAACUCUGAUAGUAACAAGGUCUUGUCGGUGGCUGGAAAUUGUUCCAAAAUAGACGUCUGCACAAACUUUGGAUACACAGCAUUUUCAUUGGAUUUCUGCUAACGGAUGUUAAGACAUGGAAAUAUGUUAUGACAUUGGUGUCAUUUAAUGUGCUUUGAAUUGACUAGCCUCAAUCAUGGGGUACUUUGGACUCGUUAUUGUGCUUGAAUAAGUGACUGUCAUGACUACUGUGCAAGGCUUGAGGACUUAUUCGAUAGACCCGUGUGCUUACUUCCUUCAUACUGCCAGUGCCUUAAUCAAAGUGACUUUCAUGGACUGCUGUGCAAGGCUCAAGGACUUAAUCACUGGACUGGUGGUGGACAUAUGUUUUCACACUGCCAUGUUCAAUUGAAUAAGGCCAUUCAAAUUGGAAGGAAAAAACAGCGUUUAUAUUGAACUCUAUCAAGGGCCACUAUUGUAAGAGUUUUUUUCUUGACAACUCACCUUUUUGGCAGCAAAACAGCAAUAUGUCCAACUAAAGAAAUGAACAAAAAGAAAUGUACUCUC